AACUAUACAUCUCUAUCAGAGAAUAACUUCGAUAAUACCAUAACAUAUGAACAUAUGUGUAUAAUCAUUGAGAUUCAAUCGAUGAAUUAUGAUAUACUUAACUUCUUACCUUCGUGCAUGUGAAUGUAGUAAUACGGACUACAUAAACACCUAGCUGCAGCUACCAACCAACAUCCCACCGGGUCUAUUUUAUCGCCGAAUUGUCUAUAAACGUUCCUAGCGCUCUACUAUGUGAAUGCGGACGCCGAGAGUAAACUGUUACUUCCAGAUCCCUACAGGAACUUUUAGGACAAUUUCCAGCCGAGUCAAGCCGAGAAAGACCAUCAUGCCAUCAACAGACUCCGACCCCGAAGAUGCGAUCACCAAAGAAGAGAUCGCGGGCACCGCGCCCGCGCCCGCAGCCGCCGGUGUGAGUCAAGACACGAAACGCAACGCAUUCACAGAACUCAUGUCCACCAAACCCAAAGCAGCCAAAUCAGACGAAAAAGAACCCCCCAAGAAAACACUCGCCUCGACACGCAGCUCGCACACGCGGUCCUUCAAAGAGCGCGACGGCCUCGGCGCCUACACCCACGACCCGACCUCGUUCCCCGCCUCGCGCGUCAUCUACCACACCGCCGACUUCGUCGCCAUAAACGACAUGUACCCGAAAUCCACCGUGCACACGCUGCUCCUCCCGCGCUCGCCGCGAAGCCGUCUGCACCCCUUCGACGCGUUCGAGGACGCGGACUUCCUGGCCUCGGUGCGCGCCGAGACGGCGAAGCUGAAGCGCCUGGUCGCGAAGGAGCUGCAGCGGCGGUACGGGCGGUACAGCGCGCAGGACCGGGAGCGGGAGGCCGUGCUGAACGGGGACGCGGGGGAAGGGGAGGGGGAGGAGUUGCCGAAGGGGCGGGACUGGGAGAGCGAGCUCCUGGUCGGCGUGCACGCGCACCCGUCUAUGAACGACCUGCACGUGCACGUGCUGUCGCCGGACAUGAUAUCGAGCUGCAUGCGCCACCGCAAGCACUACAACAGCUUCAACACGCCCUUCCUGAUCGACGUCGCCGAUUUCCCGCUCGCCGAGGACGAUCCCCGGAGACACCCGGGGCGGGCGGGGUUUAUUAACAAGGAUUUGGUAUGUUGGCGCUGCGGGAGGGAUUUUGGGAAUAGGUUCAAGCAGCUGAAGGACCACCUGGAGGAAGAGUUCGAGGAGUGGAAGAAAGAAUGAAUGAAUGAGCAACUUAAUAGGCGAAUAGCGUAUUGCUCAGUCUGAGAAAGACGAAGUCCUGAAGCAGGUCAUAAAGUCAAGCUAGAAUAUGGGUUACAUGGGUCAUAGAACACCCCGAGUCUCUCCCUCACCUACAAUACUUCCAGUAUGCGAAUAGCAAGGCGUUAUUACACGGGUCGGGUUUGUUUGACUGUCACAGAUGAGCACGGUUCGAAGGAUCGCACGAGACACAUGUAUAGUCCUGGA